UGACAAUUAGGAGUUGCGCAAUUGACUUGACAUCUUUUUUUCUCCUUUGUGACCCCUCAACCUCACACCUCCGAUUCAUCUUCCUUGUCACACGACAAAAAGCUACACACCUCCGCCAUGUCUGACGAACAGAAGGCCACCAACAUCGAGGCCGAGAAGGAUGUGCAGAACGUCCUGGCCGAAUUGAAGGGCGAAGCCGAAGCCCCAGCCAACGGCACCGAGAAGAAGGAGGAAGCCCCUGUCGAAGACGCAGAAGAGGCCCGCAUCGUCGCCGCCGCCGCCAAGCUAGGCGAGAAAUCCGAGAAGGCCGAGGAACAGACCCAGCGCGGGCGCCGCAACAACGCCAAGUUCGACCCCUCUAGCCAGAAGGAGACCGACGACCCCGUCGAGAUCCGCAAGCAGGUUGAGUUCUACUUCUCCGACUCCAACCUCCCCAUGGACAAGUUCCUGCUCUCCAAGGUCGGCGGCAGCCAGAACCGCGCCGUCCCCCUCGAGCUCCUGCACUCGUUCAAGCGCAUGCGUCGCUUCCAGCCCUUCAGCGCUAUCGUUGAGGCCCUGAAGACUUCCGAGGUCUUGGAACUCGUUGAUAACGAGACUGCCGUGCGCCGGAAGACCCCUCUCCCCGAGAAUGUCACCGAGACUCACGACCCUAGCGUUGUUAAGGUGUUCGAGGAUAAGGCCAUGGACCGCAGUGUUUACGCUAAGGGUUUCGGUGAGGAGGGUCCCACUACCCAGCUUGAGAUUGAGGAGUUCUUUGCUCCUUACGGUCCUGUCAACGCUAUCCGUCUCCGUCGUGCCCACGACAAGACCUUCAAGGGCAGCGUCUUCGUUGAGUUCGAGUCCGAGGAGAAGCAGAAGGCUUUCCUUGCCCUGGCGCCCAAGCCCCAGUGGAAGGGCCAGGAUCUGAUCAUCAAGAGCAAGAAGGAGUACUGUGAAGAGAAGGUUCGGGACAUCGAGGCGGGCCGCAUCAAGCCCAGUAACGGCCGCAGCCGCGGUGGCUUCCGUGGCCGGGGCGGCCGGGGCCGUGGACGUCACAACGACAACCGUGACUGGAGGGAGCGUCGCGCAGACGACCAGAAGCGCGGCUUCAACGGUAACAAGGAGGAGCCCAAGGAGCGUCGUGAAAUCCAGAAGGACGCCCGCGGCGUCCCCGUCGUACAGAGCACAGCCGACAGCGCCGGCCAGAAGCGCGCGCGCGACGACGAAGCCGCAAACGGCGACCACCCGGCCAAGAAAGUCGACGCAAAGGAGUAAAUGAUAUCCAACGUGUUUUGUUUUCCAUAGAAGAAAUUUGUUUCACAUUGAUGGGAUGGGAUGUAAAGCAUAAGUACAGUACUAACUAUCAUCGGCUUGCUUGGGUGUGGUCUCUUUUCUUUCCUAUUUGCUGGCACCAUGGAAUUUUGGGACACAAAAAAAGAGG